GAGGACUCGAGGAGGGGAGCGCGCCAGAGCGCGAGGGACGGAGGCAGAGGAGGAGCGCGGGAGCGGCGGAGGCGAUCCCGCGAAUUCAUUACUGUAAACAUCUCCCGGGGGGGUCAGGAGGGGUGGGGGUGGGAGCCGCGGCGCCUACAUUAGCGGGGCCGGGUCAGAUCCAGGCAGCAGUAAGGUCGGAGCAGCCUCCGGACCCACGCCGGGCCGGCGCAGCGCUUGGAGCGAGCCCCGCGCCCGCCCCCGCGCACCCCACGCAGCGCCCCACUCCGGGCUCCGCGCGGUCCGCGCACGGGCGUCGGAGGCGCGCCCGCCCGGCUCUCCGGCCGCCCCCCGGGGUCCUCCGUCUCCGAGGAGCCCCGGCGCUGCGGGGCCGCGUUCCGCCGCCUUCCCGGCUCUCCCGCCUUCUUUCAGGACUCGUGGGCUCGGCCGAGGCGGAGAGGGGGAGGCAGAGGAGGAGAGGAGGCGGGGGCCUCGGCGGCCGGAGCCGAGAGAAAGUGGCAUGCCCCGGCCCUGGAGGCGGAGGUGGCGGAGGACGGAGGAAGACGAUGCCGCGGCUCCGUAGGGGAGGAAGGCGAGAGCGAGCUAGGCGAGCGGGGCGCCCGGGCGCCGGCCGGCUGCGGGGAGGCGCGCGCCGCUCUGAGGCUCCGGCCUCCGCACCCCCGCGCCCCGACGCUGCGGGCGACAGGGCCGGGCUCCGGCAGCCUCCUCCGUCGCCGCCGCCACCACCCGGAGGACCUAGCAAAAGUUUGGAUCUGGGGGAGGACGCGGCGCUGAGCGGGAUUACCACCAGAGCUUGGAGGAGACCUCGAGAACCUUUGCAGAUUGCAGAUUGAGCUUAACCAAGAAGUUCCUAGGCUGGUCCAUGCUGUACUGACCGACAAUAAACGGAGGGAUUCUGCCUGCCCCAUUGGGCCCCUGUGGACCGCUGAUAACUUGGCUUCACUUGCUGCCUGGGUGGAAAAUUCUCCCUGUUGAAAUUUUUUUUUGCACAUGGAGGACAAUAGCAAAGAGGGCAACACAGGCUGAUCUGAUAAGACCAGGAAGAUUCUUUGACCGUGCGUCUUUGAGACUUUUCCUCUAGUUGGAGUUCUGGACUUGAACAAAGCUCCAGCCAGUCAUUUUGGUUUUGCCAUCCUUUCUUUUUUUGUUGUUUUUUUGUUUCUCCACCACAUUGUAUUUUAUUUCUGUACUUCAGAAAUGGGCCUACAGACCACACAGGGGCCCAGCUGGGGGGCUUUUUUCCUGAAAUCUUGGCUUCUCAUGUGCCUGGGGCUCUCCUCCCAGGUGUCCAGAAUCCUGGCGUGCCCUAGCGUGUGCCGCUGCGACAGGAACUUUGUCUACUGUAACGAGCGAAGCUUGACCUCAGUGCCUCUUGGGAUCCCGGAGGGCGUCACCGUGCUCUACCUCCACAACAACCAAAUUAAUAAUGCUGGAUUUCCCGCAGAGCUGCACAACGUGCGAUCCGUGCACACCGUCUACCUUUACGGCAACCAACUGGAUGAAUUCCCCAUGAACCUCCCCAAGAACGUCCGAGUUCUCCAUUUGCAGGAAAACAACAUUCAGACCAUAUCGCGAGCGGCUCUCGCCCAGCUUUUGAAGCUGGAGGAGCUCCACCUGGAUGACAACUCCAUCUCCACGGUGGGGGUGGAAGACGGGGCCUUCCGGGAGGCUGUCAGCCUCAAAUUGCUGUUUCUGUCCAAGAAUCAUCUGAGCAGCGUGCCUGUCGGGCUUCCCAUGGACCUGCAGGAGCUGAGGGUGGAUGAGAAUCGAAUUGCGGUCAUAUCAGACAUGGCCUUCCAGAACCUCACGAGUUUGGAGCGUCUGAUCGUGGACGGAAACCUGCUGACCAACAAGGGCAUUGCCGAGGGCACCUUCAGCCACCUCACCAAGCUCAAGGAGUUUUCCAUCGUCCGGAAUUCGCUCUCCCACCCUCCUCCUGACCUCCCAGGUACGCAUCUGAUCAGGCUCUAUCUGCAAGACAACCAGAUCAACCACAUCCCUUUGACAGCCUUCUCGAACCUCCGGAAGCUGGAACGGCUGGAUAUAUCCAACAACCAGCUGCGCGUGUUGACUCAAGGGGUCUUCGAUAACCUCUCCAACCUGAAGCAGCUCACUGCUCGGAAUAACCCUUGGUUUUGUGACUGCAGUAUUAAGUGGGUCACGGAAUGGCUCAAACACAUCCCCUCCUCUCUCAAUGUGCGAGGUUUCAUGUGCCAAGGUCCUGAACAAGUGCGGGGGAUGGCUGUCCGGGAGUUGAAUCUGAAUCUUUUGUCAUGUCCCACCACGACCCCUGGCCUGCCUCCCUUCACCCCGGCCCCCAGUUCAGGUUUCGCCACCACUCAGCCUCCCACAGUCCCUGUCCCAACCCCUAGCAGGGGCUCUCUGCCUCUGACUCCCACAGCCUCGAAACUUCCCACGGUUCCCGACUGGGAUGGCAGAGAAAGAGCGACCCCGCCUCUUUCUGAACGGAUCCAACUCUCCAUCCACUUUGUGAAUGACACCUCCAUUCAAGUCAGCUGGCUCUCUCUCUUUACUGUGAUGGCGUACAAACUCACGUGGGUGAAAAUGGGCCACAGCCUGGUAGGGGGCAUCGUUCAGGAGCGCAUCGUCAGUGGGGAGAAGCAGCAUUUGAGCCUGGUGAAUUUAGAGCCCAGAUCCACGUAUCGGAUUUGCUUAGUGCCGCUGGACGCGUUCAACUACCGAGCGGUGGAAGACACCGUUUGUUCCGAGGCCACCACCCAUGCCUCCUACUUGAACAACGGCAGCAACACGGCCUCCAGCCACGAGCAGGCGACCUCCCACAGCAUGGGCUCCCCCUUCCUGCUGGCGGGCCUGAUCGGGGGCGCGGUGAUCUUUGUGCUCGUGGUCCUGCUCAGCGUCUUUUGCUGGCACAUGCACAAAAAGGGGCGCUACACCUCCCAGAAGUGGAAAUACAACCGCGGCCGGCGGAAAGAUGACUAUUGCGAGGCCGGCACCAAGAAGGACAAUUCCAUCCUGGAGAUGACCGAAACCAGCUUUCAGAUCGUCUCCUUAAAUAACGAUCAGCUCCUUAAAGGAGAUUUCAGACUGCAACCCAUUUACACCCCAAAUGGGGGCAUCAGUUACACCGACUGCCACAUCCCCAACAACGUGCGAUACUGCAACAGCAGCGUGCCGGACCUGGAGCACUGCCACACGUGACCGCCAGGGGUCCGGCGCCGGGACUCCCGAGAGCACACACGUGUGUGCACGAAAAGACACGCCAAUUACAUUUGAUAAAUGUUCCACAGAUGCGUUUGUGCAUUUGAAUACUCUGUAAUUUAUACGGUGUACUAUAUAAUGGGAUUUAAAAAAAAGUGCUAUCUUUUCUAUUUCAAGUUAAUUACAAACAGUUUUGUAACUCUUUGCUUUUUAAAUCUUAAAAAAAAAAAAUAGUUGCUGAAGUACUGUACAGGGUUGUACAAGAGCCCAGGCAAAAGCACGAGUGAUUCUUCCUCCUGAUGCACAUUCACGUCUUUGCUGUUGAAGCUUCCGAAUAAAUCCCUUUCUUAGAGUCGGUGGUCAGAUGGAAGGGCAGAUUCAAAUGGACUCAUCAGGGUAGGGAGAAUAAUAGGCGUAAAACAAGAAAUGGCCCAGGUCCCUUCAUGCUAUUUCUAUACUUCCUGGCCCAGAAGAAAAGUAAAAACUUCUAACAUUUAAAAAAAAAAAUUUAAAAAAGGAGGUAGUCACCCUGAUUUGACCCAAGACAGGAAAUGCAGAAAGCAUCUCGAGGAAGUCAGUUCCUGUAAGAUAAGUUAACCCAGCCUGGCAGAAUCAAGACAAUGAGAUGAGAUUGGAAAAGACCUUCCAACCCAGGGGUUGGCUUCCUGACUGGGAACUUGAAAAAUCACUCUUCAUGCUUCCCUGGUCCUAUGUGAAACCGAGUGAGAGACCUGAGUCUGAUAGCCGUCAUCUUCGGGGGCAGGUGGGAUGUCCCGGCAAGAGAACUCCCUUUAAAAGUGUUACUAUUCAAAUUAUACGUCAGGUUGAAUCACAUUCAACAGAGAUAUAUUCUAGAAUACUUUUUUUAGAAGAGGCUAAUAAAUUAACGGGAAGAAUUAUAUUGAAUGGAAUUAUUUUUGAUAAUGAGAAUUAUUUGGGUAGAUUCACAUCAGCUAUGUCAACAUGAUAUUUAGACCAACAAGGGAUCAAGGUUUGGAAUAUACUAAACUUGUUUAAAAAUCAUUGCUAUCAUUUAGACGAAAGCAAAUGAUCAGUAGUUCUGCGAUCAACUAACUUUGUGAAUAUCAUGUUGAAAUAGCUUGAAUUAAUACCUUUAUCCCCUCCGAAAUUCUUGUCUUCCAAUCAUCUCACGUAUAUUUUCAUAAUUAGCUGUUUAUGCUACAUUCAUUUUUUUUCUCCCUCUGCCCAAAAUUUGAAGGACAAUUAUGGGUGCCGGUCUUGGCUGCACAAAAUAUCCGUAUACACUUUAAAAUGUAUAUUAAUUUUCCCGGCUAAUAAUUCUGUCAGGACACAUCAAAGCUGGCUAAAAGAACAUACUUUUUUUUUUAAAGCAAUACCAAGUUUCCACCUUGACCUGACUUUGAUCCUCUUCCAUUUUUUAAAUUGCAUUUAUUACUUUUCAAUCUUGGAUGUUCCUCGUCUUUGGGAUGUGGAGGAUAAUCAAUCUUUUAUUAACAGGAUAACAGAUGAAAAAUGAACAAGUCAGAAAGUGAAGGUUUGUUCCCCUAAUCUUGGCAGAGCAGGGCAGAGAGCAGAGGGCACAAAGAAGAGAAGGACUUCCAGGCUUAAUUCGAGAUAUUUUUGAAGCCACGUCCAUCUUCAGAAAGCAUGUGUAAUUUACCCCUUUCCAUCCCUUAGAUGUAGAAGGGCUAUCGAUCACAUACAUACAUUAUCUAAAACAUACACCCUUGGAAAAUUCUUCUUAAAAAUCAAUUUCACUUGAGGAAUUUCACUCUCUGUUGCAUGUUUCCUUGGUCACUGGCCAUCGUUUUAGGGACCUGUGAAAUUUAAUGUCACAGUCAUUUUGCUUUCUGUUUCUCUGUCCCUCUUACUUUUAACAAAAUAGAACUGUGAUGUGUCUUCUUUGUAAAAGUCUAGGUAUACAAUGCUAUGCAAGUUUUUCUUUAUAGUAAGAGCUUUAUUUUCUUUAAUAAUAUAUCCCCUGCUCAUAUGUUUUAAUCUCCCUUGUCCCUCAGAAUAAGCAGAAAGUAUAACUGAAGUUAUCAUUGUUACAGACACAAGAAUCGAAACUGUGCAGUCAGUUGAGCUGAAAUUAGCUACGAAUUAAUUUGAAUUAAUUCUAAAGUGACUUUGGUUUCCAUUUUAGUCUGUUAGCAAGCUCGUUUUAGCUGUUGCUUUUUUACAGCUAGGUCCCCACAGUGAAGGGAUGAGACAAUCUGUGAAGGUGAUCGGUGUAACAGAAAGCCAUCUAAAACGCAGGACAAUGACACGGGGUUUUGUGUAUUUAACUGGAUAAUUCCCUUUCACUGUCCUUUUUUUCCUUGGCUGUGUAGAUAAAACUGUGUGUUCAAAUGACGGUACUUUGACUUUUGAGGGUUUUUUUUUUUCCUUUUAUCCGCAAAAUAAUCAUUCUCAUGUAUUUGUAUUGUGUGUGUAACCUCCAGCAGGAUAUUUGGCUGCUGAAACAAAUGUCUUUGCUUUGAGCCAAGAGAGCCAGGGUUGGAGAGGUUUCUGUAAUGUCUCGUGGGAGUCACAGAGUUAUUUGGGGCUUAAGUCGUACCAUGGAGACCUAGUCUUGUGAAGUGGUUAGGAUGAUCUGAAAGGGUUCCUUUGCUAAAAGGUGCCCCUGAAGAGUGAGAAUCUCGUUCCAGGCUUAAUUCCGAUCUUGUGCACAACGUGACAGAGACUGCUAAAAUUAAGAUCAGUCUCCUAUUUGUAAUAGCAUACCCGGGGGUCUCACCUACAACAGGUUAGAAAGCACAUCGUGGAACUGGUCAUGUCUUAACAUGUCUCAGCGAAAUUGCUGACCCACCGUCAGUGGUGGAUGAGGCUUUGAUGGGCUUUCUUGUCACGGGAAUGUUUUGCUGAUAUAUCAACUCUGUAUUUUGGACCUCUCUGACUAUCAUUGUCACGCGUUUUGAGAUUAAUCAAGAGUAAAAGUUGAAAGUGCGGGAGACAAGACCAUAGACAAAGGCAUAUUUACUGGCUUCUGAGGGCUAGAUGAGCUGUCGGACCAGAUGCGGUGACUUCAGAUAGUGUGUGACCACUCUCAGAGUUAGGUGACUGUCACUGUGCAGAGGAAACUGCAAAAGGAAAAGGCAUGGCCACAAUCACACAGGUAUUAUUGACCUGUUAUUCAUCCCCAGGGUUGUCAUUAAUACCUGCUUGUUUGGGGAGAUGAGUUUGAAAAUGGAGGCCCUUAGCUUUCCCCGAAACUGUCAAAUGCAUUAACAGCUCAUCACAUGAGACAAUCAAAGGCAGGGACAAAAAGUGUGUUCCUCUACCUAUUUUCCUUGUGCAACAAGUGGAAAACAUUCUACCCUGUGAGGAAUAAUGCAGUUUCUACUUAUCUGGAUGUUUGUUGAAAAUAUAUUAGGUGUUUUCCCUGAGAUUUAAAAAAAAAAAAAGGUAUCAUGUGUCCAGUCUGGUAAAAAGAAUUAAUGACGUAGCUAAAAUGAUGGCUUGGUUUCCUACGAGUGCAGAUCCUAAUGGUCCUAAGUCAUGCCGUGGGGGCCAGACCCUCCUUCCCACUGAGGAGGGUGAGCUCUUUGUGUUGGGAGCAGAGCAUCUGCUCCAGACACAAGGCAGUCUUGCUGUCCACGGGCAGCGCACGCGCUUGGCCAGCCAGCCUCCCGCGCAGAACCCAUGGAAGUGGUCCAUUCACAUUACUUCUUUGUUAGUAGCUUUUAUCUCUAACCCAUACCCAGGAGGCAUUAAGUUUCACUUUAGAACAUGAGAAGCAUGGUUUUGCCCACAACUCAGCCUUUCCAGCUUCAUGGGAAAGCAGAGGAGGAAAGAACACCCUAAAGAGAAGGAGGUUCCUACACAAACCAAAAUAUCCUAGCUCUUAGCCUUGUCUGACUUUGAUUUUUUUUUUUAAAUCAACGUACGAAUGUAGGAAAGCAGUAGCUCACUGGUGUCUUCUGUGGGGUCGAAAGACAAUUGCUGACAAUGGGAGAUGCUUCUCACUGAUUGUGGGGAGACAGCUUUGUGCUCGUGGCAUACCGCUGUUGUAACCAAAAAAUCAGAUUCUUUUGCUGUAGUUUUCGUUUUUUUAUUUUUCUUAGCAGUACACCCACCAGAAGAGCACAAAGCAAGGCCAUCACAACAGGCAUUUUUAAACUAGUAUAAAACACACACUUGGACACACACACACAUACACACACACACACACACACACCCCACUAGGGCAUUUGUAAAGACAUCCAUGGGAUGUGAGAUUUAUAACCUUUCCGAGGCAAGGUGACGGCGUCGCCACUGUGUGUCCCUCGUAGGACCAGUAUAUUUCAGUGUAUAUUUCCAGUGAAUACACAGUCACUGAAAAUUAUUCCUAAUGAUUUGUUGUUGUUUGAGCCAUAUGUUGAUUUGCUUCUGGUUUCUGUGUCGUAUUGUUCUCGCUGACAAGGGACCGCAAGGGGCUGGAAGAUUCUGCACCACAGGUCUCCUGAGACCUCCCGGGUCGCACACUUUGUUAACUACAGACUUCACUCUACACUAUACAGUACGUUGUUGAUAUAUUCAGUAAAGGCUUAUUUUAAAAAGAAACCACA